AUGGUGGAGGAGGUGCAGGCUCUGUUGACUGGAGGCGAGGAAACGGUGGGGGCGGAGCGGGGUCGGUGGACUGGAAGAGAGGGAACGGCGGUGGUGGUGGAGGAUCGGUGGACUGGAAACGGGGCAAUGGUGGCGGUGGAGGAGGAUCUAUCGAUUGGAAGCGAGGCAACGGGGGUGGAGGCGGUGGCUCUAUCGACUGGCGAAGAGCGAACGGUGGCGGUGGUGCUGGAUCGGUGGAUUGGUAGUCAGCUGGUCAUCUCGCAAAAUGGAUGA